AUGUUACCAUUUAAGCCGCUAAGUCAGUUUAUUUUUCAAUUUGUUUUUAUAACUUCUACUGCUUUGGGGAAAGCCUUUAUACAGGCAUAUAAAGAAAUUAUAAAAAACAAGAAUAAUACAAAUUUAAUAAAAGAGAAAUAUAAUUCAUAUAUGAAUGUUGAAGAGGCUUUAAAUAUUUUAAAUUUAGACAGAAAUAAAAUUUAUAAAAAAUUAACAAAAGAAGAAUUAAUGUCACUAAAAGAAGAAAUAAAUAAUAGACAUAUCGUUUUAAAUAAACUCAACGCAAAAUCUGGGGCAUACAAUGGAUCUGCUUAUAUACAAAAAAAGGCAGAAGUAGCAAAAAAUAUUUUGUUUCAACAUUUAAAAUUAGAUUAA